GCGGUACGGCGUCGUAUCUCGCAGUAGAAACGUUGAAUAAAACACAUUUACACAAAAUAAACACAUGGAUUACACGGUCUGAACGUUGUUGUGAGGUGUUGACACUAUUGGACGUAAUAAUAAACAACAGUGGCAGUGAACGAACAAAAAGAGCGGGCAAAAUCAGUGCAAGUGACGAUAAUACUAUUCUAUUUAUAGAUACCUAUGGCGCGAUAAUAAUUUUCGUUCAACAAUAGCGAUGCACGAGUUGUGUAGUUUCUAAUUGUAGACUAAUAGAAAUAAAGCACAAUAAUUGUGUUACUAUCUGUCAUUACAUAGUCGAGUAAUUCUAAGGAAAAACAGUCGCAUAAACUCGUUUGACAGCUCACAACACACACAAACAAAGAUUGCUUUGCGCAUGUUUGCGUGAACGGGCAGUGAUGUAGAAUUCGCUUAUCGAUCAGUUAGAUAAUUUCAAGGACAUCUAAACAUCUUAUGAAUGCAAUAAAACAAUAUUUUCAGCGUAUUAUAAACAUUCAACAUGGAAUCGCCUAUAAAGGAAAAUCCAGAAAUACCAAGGAGCGAUUCGACGAGUUCGAAUCAACUUUUUAUAUCGGAGCAAUUAGACUUGCCGGACGAUACGUUUCGUAUGAGCUUAGAUUACAUAACUGAUAUUGGUGAAAAUGUAACAAUUGGGGACAGGGACGUAUCAAUUGAUAGCGUAAAACCUGACUCAAAAAUUAAUACGACACCUUCAACGCCAGUUACACCACUGACAAAUAAAUCACCCACUCUAGAACCAGAUUCACAAUGCUCGAGCCAAUCUCCAUCUAUUACGGAGACACCAAAGCUUACAGAUGACUUAAAAGUAAGUCCGAGGCCAGUCAAUUCGCUCAAACUUUCGCUGGCCAAGAUAGAAAACGAUGGUUUUGUGAAACCAUCGCCUCUAGAUGUGAUGUCGCCGGCCAAAAUGCUACAAUUUGAGGUAGAUUUAACAAGUAGCGCUACACCAACAAUGAAACGCGCUGCGAUUGAUUUUAAUUUCUUUACUGAGAAUACUUUCGAGGAAUAUUUUAAAGACGAAAGUCAUGAAAAGGAAACGGGCGUAGCGUUUAAAGAGACACCGGUUAUAGUGAAGGCUAACACCGUUCGACACGAAAUAGGCUAUGUUAAUCUAAAUGGUGCUGCAAAAGUGGACAUAUCACACUUUGACCUGCUCAAAGUUCUCGGCACUGGAGCGUAUGGCAAAGUGUUCCUAGUUAAAAAGCGAUGUGGGGUGGACGAAGGCAAGCUGUACGCGAUGAAACUUCUCAAGAAAGCGUCCAUAGUGCAGAAGCUGAAAACGGCUGAACACACCAGGACGGAGAGACAGGUCUUAGAAGCGGUGCGAGCGUGUCCCUUCCUCGUCACUUUGCACUAUGCGUUUCAAACGGACACCAAACUACACCUUAUAUUAGAUUACGUCGCCGGCGGGGAGCUGUUCACGCAUCUGUAUCAGAGGGAACACUUCAACGAGGACGAAGUUAGGAUAUACAUAGCUGAAAUUAUACUUGCCUUGGAGCAGUUACAUAAGCUCGGCAUAAUAUACCGCGAUAUAAAACUCGAGAAUAUCCUCCUGGACGCGGAAGGCCACAUCGUGCUUACAGACUUUGGUCUCUCGAAGGAGUUCUGCGGGGGGGAGAGCAGAGCGUACAGCUUCUGCGGCACGAUAGAGUAUAUGGCGCCGGAGGUGGUGCGCUGUGGCAGUCAGGGGCAUGAUAUUGCGGUCGACUGGUGGUCGGUAGGCGUGCUCACAUACGAGCUGCUGACCGGGGCGUCUCCGUUCACGGUCGAAGGAGAGAAGAACACACAGCAAGAAAUCACAAAGCGGAUAGUUAGGUGUAGUUACCCCGUGCCGAAUGACGUCAGUCCCGAGGUGCAGGACUUUAUAAAGAAAUUAUUAGUAAAAGAUCCACGGAGACGUUUGGGCGGCGGUGAAGAUGAUGCAGAAGAACUUAAAAGACAUCCAUUCUUUAAGAAUUUGGACUGGGAAGCGGUAUCCCGUCGCGAAGUGCCCGCCCCGUUUGUACCGGCGCUGUCGCACGCGGCGGACACGAGCAACUUCGCGGGCGAGUUCACGCGCAUGCGGCCCACGUACUCGCCCGCACACGCGCCCAAACAUCACGACAAGCUGUUCCUUGGCUAUUCGUACGUAGCGCCAAGCAUUUUAUUCUCGGAGAAUGUGAUCUCUGAUCAGAUAUGGAUGCAGGCGACGGGACAAAAACAUGACAAACUUAAGGGAUGGGUUGCUAAGGAUUCGCCGUUCUUCCAAAAGUACGCUGUAGAUCUAAGCACGCCGCUCCUCGGUGACGGCUCGUAUGCGGUCUGCAGAAAGUGCAUACACAGACAGACGGGGAAAGAAUAUGCUGUUAAGAUAAUAUCCACACAAAAGAAGGACGUUAAACAGGAAAUAGAACUGCUCAAAGCGUGUCAAGGGUCACCGUACAUCAUCACACUGCACGAGGUGUUCCAGGACACUGCGUUCACAUACAUAGUGACAGAACUGGCUAGUGGCGGGGAACUGGCCUCACAACUGGGCACAGUCGGUGAGCGAGUAGCUCGCCGGUUACUGGCUCAAUUAGCUCUCGCUGUAGCGCACAUGCAUGCACGUCGGGUCGUGCACAGGGACAUCAAGCCGGAGAACAUUCUCCUAACGACGUCCCGUCUGAACGAGGCUAAAGUGAAAGUUGUCGACUUUGGUUUCGCGCGUCGUCUGCCCGAAAGUGAAGAGCGGCAACGGAUGAUGACACCGUGCUUUAGUUUACCGUACGCCGCGCCUGAAGUCGUAUCUUGCGUACGCGGCACCGGCUCGGGCUACGGGCCCGAGUGUGAUAUGUGGAGUUUGGGCGUUAUUUUUUACUGUAUGCUGUGCGGCAAAGCGCCAUUCGCGCCGAGCUCUCGCAAGGAGCCCGUCACGUCGCUCAUGGACAGGAUUCGAACCGGCACCUUCUCUAUGGACGGCGCGGGCUGGGCCACAGUAUCAGCGGACAGCAAGCGCAUAGUACGCGCAUUGCUCUGCGUACGCGCAGCCGAGCGGAUGGGCGUGCGGGCGUUGCUGCAGGCGCUCGGUGUUAACGAGCCCGAUGCAGACGGGGCACAGGGCUUCCGGCUCGCGGACAUGACCAAAGCUGAUCUCUACAAGCGCAGAAAUAAGAACAAGCAGAGAAAGUCGAGUACAUCCGAGCCGGUUGAAACCGCCACAGAGCCAGAAGAAACCAGAGAGAACAGUCUUCUAGAAACCAUAAACAACCUCAAGAACAGAAUGAACAAGAAUUCCAUAGAGAACGAUGUGGAACUCAUAAAAGCGAACACGCAAGACACGCCGGUCAACGAAACGGCUGAACCCACCUUCGAUGACUCGAGCGAUGAAGUACCCUCAGUCAAACCGGUAGAAAAGACCUACUCUAAACCUAAAUCUAAACUAGAUGACUACAUCUACAUUGAAAGCAGUCAAGGCUUAGAAGACACAGAAGUGGCGUUCCCUAAAACGACGCGCAGGAAAGUAUCCCAAUCUCCCGUGCCGAGGAAACGAAGAAAAAUCGAAGGCAAAAAGGAGGGAAUGGAACUACGUAGCCGUGUAGAAACACCAGAGAAACGUGGAAGAGGAAGACCUAGGAAAGUUCCAGAAGGAACGCAAAAAGAGUCGAUAGAGAAUGAAAAGAGAGUGACAAGGAAACGCAGACACGAAGAGAUGACGAAACCUGUACUAAGGGAGAAGGGACAGAACGGCAGACAGAGUAAAAGCAAUGAAAGUGUCAGAAAAGUUGUCAAAGUGAAAAGGAAUAGGAAACCUUCGCCAGAAAAAGUAGACGAUAACGUCAGAAUGACCAGAUCGAGGCGUAGGCGUUUAGAAAUUAGUCUGUCGCCAUCAGAAGUUAAAAAUGUCGUCCCAACUCUAUCCAUAGAGUCAGAUCGUCGAGUCAAUUCCAUAGAGAGCAGUAAAUCUGCCAGAAACAAGAGAGCCAAUAAGAGUAACGGUAAAGCCAAGGCAACGAACGCCAAGGCCAAACCGAAGGUUAACGGAAAAACGGUGAAAAACAACAAGAAAAACGCGAAAAACGUGACAGUGAAAGUGACGGCGCCCGUGCGUACGCGCACCCGCGCCAACCGCAGGUGAAAACUAAUUAUUCGUUCCUACCCGCAGUAUGAAAAAUGUCGUUAAAAUAUCGUUUUUCCACCCCCAUAGACUGUUUACGAUUCGUAGUUAAUUCCAGCGUUCGAAAAAAUUCCAAAAAAAUCGAUAAAAAAUUCGAAAAAAAAUAUAGUGACGCAACACGGACGCUUGCUCAUCGUUUAGUUUAAAGUUAUUUAUUUAAAAAAACAAUUCUUUCUUAAGUUAUUCUAACGCCUAGUUGGAGUGUGCGAUGGACAAGUGUUUUCUUUUUUUUCUUCUUGUAAUUUUUAUUUAAUGUUACUAUUAAUUUAAGGUCCCGUUUUCCCAAAAUUACCAUUAGAUUUAAUUCUUUGUUAAUAUGUAUUCUGAAUAGACAAUUAUUAUUAUUAAUAAAUAAUUAUUAUUGUAAUUAGGUAAGGUUGAUGUGUGUUUGCGCACUUAAUAGUUAAAUUGGUUAUGUUUUAUUUACAUCCCCUAUGUAUUUGGUGAAAUAUACAGUAAUUGAUUAUACCCAAUGUGCCUUCGUGUUUGUUUAUAUCAAUUUAUCAUAGAUAAUCUCUUUUUUUUCUUUUUUAAAAUAAAAUAUAACUUGAUGAAUGCGACAGAUAAAAAAUAUCAUUAAAAAGAACCAAUUAAUUGCUAAUACUAUCAAGUAUUAUUACAAAUAUUAUACAUAUAUGGAUUAUUAUCAUUAAUAUGUAUUGAGAACAACAAAUAUAUAAAAACUAUCGCAAGAAUCAAGUAUUCCAAUACUACAUUCUAUCUGUCUGUUCAUUCAACCUUAUUAAAAUCGAUUACUGAAUAUUUUACCAAUCUGUUGAUAAAUAAAUAGAUGAAAAAAAUAUUAGAAUUGUUAUGCUCUAUAGUACUAUGACAUGUAUCUAUAUUAACUUGUUCUAGAAAAAAAAAGUUUAAAAUUCCAUUUUUACAUUUCUUUCCCAUCAUAUUAUAAGUGAAAAGGUGUAUAUAAUGAAAUGUGGCUAAUUGGCCACAUUCUACAUCAGUUGUCUCUUUCGCUCACGAUAGUUGAAUCAUGCCAUCUCACUUUCACGUCUAAUCGUGUGUGCGUUAGUGUGCCGUUAUCUACACCUUUUUAUUUUUACUUAUAAUAUUCAUUUUCUUUCGAGCAUAAUAAUUUAUUUUACAAUCAAAAUUUUUCACAAACAGUUACAGAUCUCGGUAUAAUGUUGUAUAUGUAUAUUCGUUUGAAAUAUUUAGUGUAAUAGAUAUAAAUUUGUAAAUGAGUUUUCGUGUUUUUUUGAUUUUAUUCCCUUUAAAAUUGCACUAAUUGUAAAUGAAUCGAACAUUUUGACAUGGCUUUGCGUUUAAAAAUCAUCUUUAAACUGUUGUGGUUUGUAUGUUGUUAAUAUUACAUAGUGCGAUUUAAAAGGUAAUUCUAUCACAUAUUUCUCUUCCAAAAAAUAUAUAUUUUGUGUAUGGUCGAAGUGCCAAAGCGUGCUUGAAUUGUUGAAUUUUUAGCAAAUACGCGUUUUUAAUACACAAUUAUAAAUAAUUAUCACAAUGAAUUAUUGUUCUCCACGUAUUUUUUUUUCUUAGAUUUUUUUUUUUGUUGUAAGCGCUUUUACCAAAAACGUUUGUUUUGAUUGUAAAUACGUUAGAAUUAGUACAAAAAUCGGUGGAAGAUUAUCAUUAUUAAUGUAUGUGUUUAUAAUAAUAUGCAGGAACGCCGCUUCUUCAAGUCUAGAGGCAUAUCAAUGAUUUUGCACUUAUAUAUAUUACGUAUCGUAGACUUGUGUUAAUCUGUUCAGAGCUUAUUUGAAAUUUGUGAUGAGAAUAAAAAUAAUCUGUUUCAAUUUUUUAUAUUUAAAUUUGGCGGGCUGCUUGCUGUCAAAUGUCAAAUUAACUUUUUUUAUCGCUGAUUUUUUUUUCUUUAAAUUCACAGCAAGCGGCAAAGCUGAUCGGGAAUGUUGUAAAUCAUUGAGAGUUUAAAAUAAAAUUAUAAACGAUUCGCAAUUUAUCAAAACUGAUGUAAUUCUUCACCAAUCAAUGUAUUUCGAGUGUGAAACUCGUGUUUUGUGUUCUUAGGCAAUAAUUUCGUUACUUUCGUGUACAACGCAACCUUAUUUAGUAGUCGAAUAACAUCUUGAUGUGUUUAAAACGAAAUGUAAUGUAUUUUUCAAUGUACCAAGUCGAAGAUACAUACAUUCAAAUUUUUUGGGAAAUUGUAAAUUUCCGAAUGCUUGAUAUGAAAUAAGCUACGUCAUUUGAAGUGCACUUAAUGGAUUGAACCAAAAAAGAUUAUAUAAUUUUAUAAAGUGUUAGAAGUUAUUAUUGAAGAGUCGGCGAUUAAAUAAAUGUUUUUGUAAACACGAAUGCCGGCUGGAGAUAUUGGAUUGUAAUAAAUAUACCAUUUUAACAUUU